AUGACGCUGCCGCCGCCCGCGCGCCCCGCGCACCCCGCCGCGCACCGCGCAAUGCGCUAUUACCGCAUCUGGAUCUACGCGUGCAACGGCGCGCUGUUGCUAGGGGCGCUCGCAUUCUGCGCGGCAGCGGGGCGCGCGCUCUCUGACUACCGGCGCGCGCUAGUGCCAGGCCUCGGCGUGGCUCAGCCAGGCUUCCUCUACGGAUACGCGGCGCUGCCCGCGCAGGCGGGGCUGCUGCAGCUCCUCGGUUGUCUAGCGGCAUUAAGACUCUCUGAACGAAUGCUGAAUGCCUAUUGGUUGGCACUUUUAGCACUGCUUGUUGGGGACGCCGCAAUAGGUGUUUACUGGGCGUUCAGGUUUGAACGAGUUUGCCGCGAGCUUCGGCCUCAAUUACGGCUUCGUCUCGCAAAAGAUUACGACACGGAUAUUGACUUCUCACAAGCUUGGGACCGCCUACAGAGAGAACAGCGGUGUUGCGGUGUCACAGGGCCGGCAGACUUCGCGGCUUUCAAUAGAACUACUCUCCCGGCGAGUUGUUGUCGUAUCCCAGCGCACACGACUUCAGUCACGCCGGCUCUACUGGCCGUCACAUCUGCCACUUCCCCGGCGCCGUUCACUCCCGUACAUUGUGCGCCGCACACAGCCGCCUGCUCAGAGAGACUACUAGUUUGGCUUCGACGAACUGCCGACGCGUUGUUCGUAUUAGGAUAUUGUGUUAUAGCAUUUUUAAAAUUGUGCUUCCUUGGAAUCCUCCGAUACGAAAUAAAGGAGAUGAUUCAAAAAAUUAGAAUUUUACGAAGCGAGUUGGGAGCAGGUGAAUUACUCGACGGUAGUCCUAUCCAUGGCGGACCAUUAUCACAAACGAUAAUAGUGAAUGCUGUCAAUGCAAACGGCGGAGUGCGAGCUCAUGGUGGUAGCCCUGAACGCGCGGGAGAGCGCGAGGCACUACUGGGGCGAGCGUCAGAGCCGUGCCCGCGGCGGAGCAUACACGACGAACCGUUAGGUCCCAAGACGAUAAAUGGAAACAACAACUGUGAGAUGCGGGAGCUGGCUCGAGGUGACUACAGGCCACUGGCGGCAGACAGUGCAGCGACUCGGAUCUGACUAAGAUGUUACUUGGAGCGGCUGUUCGGGCGGCGCUGGCGCUCGUUCCCGGCGGCGGGCUGCGAGCUGGAGCCGCCGCUGGGCCGCGUGCCGCCCGGCUGCGUGCGCCGUCCCGCGGGCGCGCGCGUGCGGCUCGACCACCGCCGUCACACCCGCUCCGAAUUUGAGUUGUAAGUUAAAGCCUACGACACGAUAAGUCGUUGCAUUACGUCGUGACUAUCGUAUUUGUUGGCGCAGUCAAUUGUGAGUACCGAUGUUAUCGGUAGGACUAAAUUGUAUUAUGUUUAUAGUGGUAGCGUUGUAAACUGACCCAACGAUGCAAGUGAGUGUAAGUGAUGACGUUCCGAACAUUUUGGACUUGUGAGACAUGAACUGAACAUGGUGAACAUUAUGAACGUGCAUCGGAAGAGAAUUAUUGUGUAAUUUAGACAAAGUGAAUCAAUUUUCGAGCAAAGCUUGUGUUAUGUUCCUAAAUUUGGCCGUUAAUUAUAUUCGUUUUGUAGGUGCAUAGGACACACCGAUGUUUUACUUUACGGUCCCUAGGAAGAUAGAUAGAUACUCGAGGUAUCGUGACAUCGUGACGCGUACAGCAUGUGAGGAAAUGCAGUCUCCGGGCAAACAAUAUGACGCAUACUAUAGCUACUAGGAGAGCGCAGUAAAUCCAUCCUACAAAUAUUGUAUCUGUAUACUCGACUACGAUUUUAAUAUUUAUAGCAGUAAAAUAACGGGAAUCAACCAAUAUAAGAUUAAUUAUGAUGAUUGUUUAGCACUAAGACAUAACAGUUUUUGAUUGUAUACCAAUAGAUUUAUGGACAUAAUUAUUAUAAUAUGUAUUUUACAAAUUUUCAUGUCAUUUUACUCAUUAUCUUCAAUUAAAAUUGUAUGUAUUUGUUAAAUAUAUUGCCAUAGUGUGUAAUACCAAUGACAACGCGUUCAGUUUAGUGGUUUUUGCCCGCAUGCUCAUAGUUACCACUGAGCAUGGCGAUAAAUUAGAUAUAAAUAUACCUACUUAUUAAAUUAUAGAUUUAUCAUUUGAUUUGGUAGCUGAAUAUAGAGUCGGCAAAAACUUCUUCUCUUGAAUGCUUGUCAUACAUUUUGAUAUACCUAUUCGUAAUGGAUUGUAAAUCGAAAGGUUCGCUUGCACGGAACUUGUACCUACGCUGUCACUUGAGUUAUUUUCCUUAGGUCGUAACAUUUGUAUAAUAGAAGUGUUAGUUUAUUCUAAGUAUGUCUACCUGUUCAUCCCUUGCACGACUACCCCGACUAGUUGAGUUCAGUCCGCUUUCCUUACAUGAGUCGGACAAGCGUGAGCCGCGACCUUCCUCGCUCAUCGUCUAUUUAUCUAGUUCUCAUAAUCAUACCUAAUGUUGUCGGUAAAUGUAAAUAAUAAACAAAAUUUGUACAUGUGUAGUAUGCGAGUAAUUGUGCAUGGACAGAUUGACAAAAUACAUAGUACUGAUAUGAGCUUAAACGACGUAGUGCCUACAAUUAUAUGCUUGUAAACAGUAUAAAGUGAACGAAUACACUGUUAAUGACAUUUUAGUUUACGGCAGAAGAAUUUAAAAUGUUUCGUAAGUACCACAUUUUAUGAUUGUCUUGACAGAAUACAGACGUUUUGCUAAAAGUUUAAAGAGAUCGCGCUAUGAGUCUAGACUGCGCAUAAAAUAUUACAAUAAUCUCAUGGUGUAAGGAAUUAGGUAAAUUUAUUAAUGGCUGUGUCAAAUAUAGGUAAAACCUAUCGACGGCGUGUGUAGGAGUCACGAUCCGAUAGCUGCCGUGCACGGUGGAGCGAGUCUGAGCGGCCCGACCUGCGUUCGACGGUUCGACCACGUUACACGUACCUACAUUCAUACAUAUUUGUACUUUUACGAACUAACUUUAUAGAUAUAUUGUAAUGACGAGUACGAAGUUAUGUUCGCUUAGAGUAGGUAUAAUAUUUUGUGAAUUUAUGCAGAAACAUAGUUUUUUAAUAUUGUUGUCACAUGAAUGUACCAAUCUUAUAAAAAUUUGUACCUAUAUUCGGAAAGUUGAAUAAUUUGUAGCUAGGAUCCAAUCUAAAUCCUGCAUUUCUUCCAAAAAACGGUAAAAAUAACAUGUGCCUUGGCUUAUAAAAUGUAUAACUGACGUUAUGUUUAUUGUAAAUUAAUGAAUAUAAAGUAAACACGAGCUCGUGUCUGAUGUGCUGCCUACACCUUCCGACAUACUCGUUCGUACGUACACUGUACUCGGGCUGUACUCUCGAUUCUCUUACUACGUCUUGUUGUUUAACUCGAACGCUCACUUCAACUCAACGUUUCCUUGUUUCACUCUCUGCUAAGUUUGUUAUUGUUUAGUUACUAGAUUUUUUCUAUUUACAAGUAUACACAUAGAAUAAUUAAAUACACAAAUGUACAGAAAACGUAAAUGUCUACGAAUAAAGUAUCAAUUUAUUAUUGUGUGAGAUCUGUUCCGAUGGGAUCUGGGUAUUAAUAUUAACAUAUGAAUGGUGUACACUGUACGUAAUCUUUUGAAUUCUCUACUGUCACUAUGUUUUGAAUGUUUUCCUCGUUCAGUGUGUUUCAUUAUUAUAGUAGAGUUGUUACAACUUUCCGAAGGUACGCACUAGGCGACUGAGAGCUAAUAUUAUCAUAAUAAAUGCAUUAAAUAAAGAGUUUGUUAAAAUGU